CCCCCUUUCGUCUCCCCUCAAUCUUCGCUCUGUUGUCUGUUUCUUCUGACCCUUCCGAGGUUUUGUUUUUCUUGUUGUGUCUCGCAGUUUUCUGAUUCAUCUCUUUGAUGAACCCAGAUGCACAGUAUAUGUCUUUAAUCUCUAGAAUUCAUCGCUCCGACCAUUGACUAAUUUUAUCUGAUCAAUGUCGAUCGUUGAUGCGGCUAAUUAGGGUUUCGUUCAGUGUAGAUUCGGCUCGUUUUUCUCCUCGGGCGAUGAAAAUCUGUCGUACUUUAAUGAAUAAAAUUCUGGGUUUUUGCGGAUUUUUUUUUGUAUAGUGUACCGACUACCGAUGAAGUUCGAUCUUUUCAGGUUUUGAUUUUCCGUGUAUGGGAGCACGAUUCUUUUUCUUUCUUUCUUUCUUUCUUUCUUUUUUACACUAAAUAAAUCUUAUUGAAAGUUUAGUUUCUUGGAAUUGCCUUUUUGUGGUGUAUAAAUUGAUAAUAAUUUGGUGUUGGCUAAAUCGCCAUGGAUCAUGUUAUCGAUGGAAAGUUUAAGAUGGGGAGGAAGAUCGGGAGUGGGUCUUUUGGGGAGCUCUUUUUAGGUUCCAAUUUACAAACUGGUGAAGAAGUUGCCAUCAAACUGGAAUCGGUGAAGACGGGACACCCACAACUUCAUUACGAAUCUAGGAUUUAUAUGCUUCUCCAAGGAGGAACGGGUAUUCCCAACCUUAAGUGGUACGGAGUUGAGCCCGAAUACAAUGUUAUGGUCAUUGAUCUCCUUGGUCCAAGUCUGGAGGAUCUCUUCAACUACUGCAACAGGAAGUUCUCUCUGAAAACCGUUUUAAUGCUUGCGGAUCAAUUACUUAAUAGAGUGGAGUACAUGCACGCCAGAGGUCUUCUACACCGUGAUAUAAAACCGGACAAUUUCUUGAUGGGCCUAGGUCGCAAAGCAAACCAGGUCUAUAUCAUUGAUUAUGGCCUUGCUAAAAAGUAUAGGGAUUUUCAGACUCAUAAGCACAUACCAUACAGGGAAAACAAGAAUUUGACUGGCACAGCUCGUUAUGCUAGUGUCAACACACACCUUGGUGUUGAACAAAGCAGAAGAGACGACUUGGAAUCUCUGGGUUUUGUGCUUAUGUACUUCCUCAGAGGAAGCCUUCCAUGGCAGGGAUUAAGAGCUGGUACCAAAAAACAGAAAUAUGAUAAAAUCAGCGAAAAGAAAAUGCUUACACCAAUAGAGGUGUUGUGCAAGUCAUUUCCUACAGAGUUUGCGACGUAUUUUAAGUAUUGCCGAUCAUUACGUUUUGAAUCCAAACCAGAUUAUUCUUAUCUUAAGGGUCUUUUCAAAGACUUGUUUAUCCGUGAAGGUUAUCAAUUUGACUUUGUUUUCGAUUGGACAAUUUUGAAGUAUCCUCAGAUUGGUGCAAGUUCAAGAGGCCGAAUUUCUACUGGGGGUGCAAUAGUAAAUGCCCGGCCACCUGAAAAAAUAGAAAGAAGAUCUGUGGGGCAAGAUGCUCUACGCGCUGCUGAGGCAGUUGCAAGGAGAAAUGCCUCAGCUUUUGGCCGCCACGUUGAACACUCAAGACAAAGAUCGGAGGAUGUGCCUUCCUCUAGAGAUUUGCGAACAGCCUCGCGAAACGCCAUCUCAUCAUCAAAAAGAGCCACAAUUUCAAGCAGCAGACCCAACUCUUCUGAAGCAACAGCCGACGGCCGCCCGAGCAGAAUAACCUCGACCGCCGGCCGCCUGUCCGCCGCCACUACUACCACCAUGUACAGGCCUCAACAGGGGACUGAACCCAAGAAGCCAUCGUCCUUGUCCCGGACCGUUAAGGGCGCCCGGGAUGACCCUUUUAGGAGCUUCGAGUUCCUCGCCAUCAGAAAGUGACAGACAUGCAGAUGAGAAUGCAAAGGUAUCAUGUUGCUCCAUGUAUGACUGAUGCUUUCCAUCAUCUGGUAUCAGUUCUUUGAAUAAAACUGUUUUUGGGUUUUUGUUGUUUUCUGGAGUUUAUCGCCACGGCCGAGUGGCCGGAGUCUCUCAGCCAAGAAGGCGAUGAGUGAAGUGCAAGGGGAUAUGAUAUAGUGGUAAUUGUAAUAAGUUACUCUUUAAAAUGAAUUUAUUUUGCCCUUUUAGGGAAUGUAAACUCUCUCCUUCUGUCUUAGAGUAUUUUUUUUAAAGUCGAAAUUGAUAAGUUUUGAUUAUUAAUUAAAUAAAAACUAGAAGGGAAU